AUGGCACUGAAAGUCAAGAAGACUAAGAGGACAACCUGGAAGUUUAGUUUGGACUUUACUUAUCUAGUAGAAGAUGUAAUUUUUGAUUCUGCAAAUUUUGAACAGUUUCUACAGGAGAAGGUUAAAGUCAAUGGGAAAACUGGAAAUCUUGGGAAUGUUGUUCACAUUGAAUGCUUCAAGAAUAAAAUCACAGUUGUUUCUUACAAACAAUUCUUUAAAAGAUAUUUGAAAUACCUUACUAAGAAAUACCUUAAGAAGAAUAGUCUUUGUGAUUGGUUUCGUGUGGUUGCAUCUGACAAGGAGACAUACGAACUUCGUUACUUCCAGAUUAGUCAAGUUGAAGAUGGAUCUGAAUCUGAGGACUAG